ACCUCCUACUCUUCUUCCUCCCAACCCCCAGCCUCUCUCGACCGCUCGAUCUCCAUCUCCCCUCGCUGGCUUUCCCGUUCCCGCCGGCGGCCCUGGCAGAGUAGGCACCGCAAGGCGGAGGCGGGAGGAAUCUCCAUGCAACACCAUGACAGGCAUCGCCGCCGCCUCCUUCUUCUCCAAUACCUGCCGCUUCGGGGGCUGCGGACUUCACUUCCCUACCCUGGUGGAGCUCAUCGAGCACAUCGAAGACAACCAUAUCGAUACGGACCCACGUGUAUUAGAAAAACAAGAAUUACAGCAACCCACAUAUGUUGCUCUCAGUUACAUUAAUAGGUUUAUGACUGAUGCUGCUCGUCGGGAACAGGAAUCUCUCAAAAAGAAAAUCCAACCUAAACUGUCCUUGACCUUAUCAAGCUCAGUGUCCCGUGGGAAUGUAUCUACUCCUCCACGUCACAGCAGUGGAAGCCUUACUCCACCCGUCACACCUCCAAUCACCCCCUCCUCCUCAUUUCGUAGUAGCACACCCACAGGUAGUGAAUAUGAUGAAGAAGAAGUAGACUAUGAAGAUUCAGAUAGUGACGAGUCCUGGACCACAGAAAGUGCUAUCAGUUCGGAAGCUAUCCUAAGUUCUAUGUGUAUGAAUGGAGGAGAUGAGAAACCUUUUGCUUGUCCUGUUCCUGGAUGUAAAAAGCGAUAUAAGAAUGUGAAUGGUAUAAAGUAUCAUGCCAAGAAUGGCCACAGGACACAGAUCCGGGUGCGAAAACCCUUCAAAUGCCGCUGUGGAAAGAGUUACAAGACAGCUCAGGGUCUGCGGCACCACACAAUCAACUUCCACCCACCAGUGUCCGCUGAGAUUAUCAGGAAGAUGCAGCAAUAAGAUGCUGGUCACAAAUGUGCCAAGGAAUCCACACCAGCAGUUGCUGAUUUCUAAGACAGCCACCUUCUCCUGGGAAGCAUUGAG